AUGUCCUCCCAAAAUUCCGCCUACUCCGCCGCCGCCCUCUCCCUGCUGACAUCCUGCGGCGGCAUCGCCGGCUACGCACGCACUGGCUCCAUCCCCUCUAUCGCUGCCGGUCUCUCAGUGGGUGCGCUCUAUGCCCUCAGCUGCUUCCGUCUACACGGCCAACAGCCCUUUGGCGAGGAGCUGGGGCUGAUUGCCUCGACAGUGCUGGCAGGAAGUUCAUAUCCCAGAGCCCUUAAGACGAGAAAGCCUGUACCAAUGUGUCUGAGCGUGUUGGCUACGUAUGGGUUGGUUGUUUUUGCGCUGGCGUACAGGGGGAGGAGGGCGUCGAAGAUUUAA